CAAGGUCUCUGUGAGGAGGUGAGGCUUAGUCUUUCUCCGAAGUGCGGCAGCCUGGUGACUCCAGCAUGGAAUGGGGGCUCUACGCUGCCCUCAUGAGAGGGACAAACCAGUCCAGUGUUUCUGAGUUCCUCCUCCUUGGGCUCUCCAGGCAACCCCAGCAGCAGCAGCUCCUCUUUGUACUCUUCCUGAGCAUGUACCUGGCCACGGUCCUGGGAAACCUGCUCAUCCUCCUGGUCAUUGGCGUGGACUCCCGCCUUCACAUCCCCAUGUACUUCUUCCUCAGCAACCUGUCCUUUGUGGACAUCUGCUUCUCCUCUACCACUGUCCCCAAGAUGCUGGCCAACUACAUACUCGGGACUCAGACCAUCUCCUUUUCUGGGUGUCUCACACAGAUGUAUUUUGUAUUCAUGUUCGUGGACAUGGACAAUUUCCUCCUGGCUGUGAUGGCCUAUGACCGCUUUGUUGCCAUAUGCGCCCCCUUACACUACUCAACAAAGAUGACCCACCAGCUCUGUGCCCUGCUGGUUGCUGGGUCAUGGGUCAUUGCCAACCUGAAUGUUCUAUUGCAUACCCUGCUGAUGGCUUGACUCUCGUUCUGUGCAGACAAUGCCAUCCCCCACUUCUUCUGUGAUGUGACACCCCUCCUGAAACUCUCCUGCUCUGACACACACCUCAAUGAGAUGAUGAUUCUUUUCGAAGCAGGGUUGAUAAUGAUCGCUCCAUUUAUUUGCAUCUUGGCUUCAUAUGUCCGUAUUACCUCUGCUGUCCUAAGAGUCCUGUCUACAAAGGGAAAAUGGAAAGCCUUCUCCACCGUGGCCCACCUGGCCAUGGUUUCUCUCUUCUAUGGCACCAUCAUUGCUGUGUACUUCAACCCUUUAUCCUUGCACUUAGCUGAGACAGAUAUAGCAGCUGCUAUGAUGUUCACAGUGAUGACUCCCAUGCUGAACCCCUUCAUCUACAGCCUGAGAAACAAAGACAUAAAAGGGCUCUUGGAAAAGUGGUUGCUAUGAAAUUUUUUCUACUUCGUAAUGAAAUGGGCUAAGAAAAUCUUGGAAGGAACUAAUUUCUAAGAAGAUCAUAUUUGUUUUUUCUAUUGUGCACAACUUAGCCAUUUGUCAUUGAAUAUUAUUCUAGUUUCUGUCUUGGGACAUCAGACUUGAUAUAGCCACUUCAGGUUAAAGGUGGAAAGAGAGAUCGUUUUACCAAAUCACCUGUUAGAACUGCCAGUGCCCUCCAGCCAAAACUGACUAGGAAUAUAUAUAUCUUGUUGAAUAAUUCUGGUUUAUUAGGCUCACAAGGGAGAAUACAUACCAUGGGGAGUAGUGAGCAUCUUAGUAAGAAGGUGCUACACAGGACAUACUAAAAGACUUGAGUUUGUGUGAGGUGAAUUUAGUGAGGACUUAAAGAAUUGGGUCUGUGCUCUGGAUUACAUGUGUCACAUAGUGGGGAUGAUUCUGAUUGAGUAUCUGAAAAUAUUUUAUCUAGGAGGGGCGCCUGGGUGGCU